AUGGGUUGUGUUGCUUAGAAGAAAAAAGUGGAAAAGCAGAUAUAUAGAAUGGAAACCUAAAUAAAGAAGUUGGUUUAGUAGAAUGAAGAGAUGACAAAUCAAAUCAAUACUAUGCGAGAGUAGGAAUAAAUACUAUCACAACUUUGUGAGCAAAGAUCUGAAAGAUAGAGAAUAGAUUUGACUGCUUUGACAGAUGAAUUAAACAGUCGAUUUGAAAAGUUAAGAAAUGAUCUCAAAUAAAUUGAUAUUAUUUGCGAGGAACAGAAACAGGCAAAGUUAAAGGAGAUGUUGGAAUGGAAGAAUUUAUUUGAUAAAUUGGAUAAUGUAUCUAAGAAUAAUUUAUCUCAAAUAUCAGAGGAAGAUGAAUAUUGA